ACUUAUCUUUAAAUGAAUGCAAAAAACAACUUUCAUUUAUUGAUAUUGUUAAAAUAGAAACUUCAAAUAAUACAGUUAGCACAGAAAUGAUUUAUCAACGCGAAAAACAUAAUGCUUAUACUUCUCAUAAUAUUGAAUGGACAAUCAAAACAACUAAUACAAGAAUAAUUAAUUCAACUUUGAUUAAUCCUAAUCAAGCAAAUCUUAAAAAUAUAGAAGAUGUGAAUAUUAAUUUUGAUAAUCCUCUUAAUGAACAAGAUUAUGUUAUAGUUUAUUAUGGAGCACAACUUUGUAUUGGACAAGUAAUUUCUAGUUUUUAUGAAGCAUAUGGAUAUCAUUCUUAUAAUCAGGGACCAAUUACUGAUAUUGAAAAUAUAUCAUAUUUAACUCUUAAAGUUUUUACUCUUAUUCAUAAUAUUUUUUUAGCUGAAAUAGAAGAGAAUCAUUUUUUAAUUACACACCAAUAUCUAAAAAAUAUUCUUUAUCAUUUAGAUAUACAGGAUAUACAAAUUUUUGAUAAUAUUCUUCAAUUAUUAG